ACAACACACGCACACAGAUAGUAAUUUUGAGCAAACUUCCAACUUCUAUCGAUCUCCUGCUUGAGGAGGGGGGAACUGACAGUGCAACGUCUUGCUAUCCUAUCCUAUCCUCUUACAACUGAUGGUUUAUCCCUUCUCACAUGCACAAGCAUCAAGGCAUAGGACACAAAAAAAGGCAUAGGAGAUCAAACAGUCUAGCCAGAAACAUGGACAGAAACCUAGCCAUCGCGAUCAUCCUGCUUGUGGUACUCGGCUUGCUCGUGAUAUUUUGGGUACUCACAAUCUGGUGGCGCAAAAACCUGAGAGAAAGCCUGGCCCAUGCUCGGACUGGAUCGCGACACAGAAAGACUUUUCGAUCUACGGUUUAUCCAGAUCCCACGGACGAUGAGACGAGGUUGAGGGCUAGGGAGGUCGAGAGGGAUACACAGAGGGAUGUACGGCCAGAGCCUGCGCCAACAUCGUCAAGAAAUGAGGGAAAGAAACCGACAGCAAGUCACUCGGAGAAAUACCAGCCAGAAGCGUCAGAUACACACGGAGGACAAGAACAAAGUACAAAGCCAGUGACCUCUGCAGGAGAAUGGUCGAGUGAAGCUGCCCCGGAGCAACCUGAGCCUUUUUCAGGGGGAUGGACGAGUGACGAACCCCCAGCUGAACCUCAGUCUGAACCAGCUGGAAACGAAUGGUCUAGCACUACUGGAAUAUCGGAAACAUCUGGAAUACCUGGAGGAUGGAGCAGUGAACCUGCGACGCAAGAACCUCAGGGACAAUGGCAGAGUAAUGAUGGUUUCGAUCCCAGGUUUUAGGGAUUAGUGGGUUACUGGGCACUUGGUUAUCCCGCUACUGCCUCUAGGAUACUCGAUAGGAUAAUGUUCAUGGAGCGUUAAUGGCAAUCUUGGAGAUAUUGAAUGGAUAUCCUUAUGCGUGCAUAAAUAUGUUUGUGCACAGCUGCAUAACUGCAUUAAUGGUCGCUCUGCCCGCC